AUCCGGCCUGACAAUAAGAACCGCCAUGUGAUUCCGUCUACCCAAAGGAGCAGGCGCUGCAAGGAGCUUCUCCAUGACUUGCGCUCUGAAACCUCGUCAUCCUGAACUAGGAACCCUAAGCCACCCCCACCAUCGAAGGAUUCUAAGAGACCGGGAUACCGAAAUAAGAUCUACUGCGUUUGUACACGGUCUUCCCAAAUCAGGCCGUUUCCGAAACAUGAAAGUCACCCUGUGCCAUUCAAUUUGCCCUAUACACAUCCUGCCGUCAUUGGGGCUGAUGAGCCGUAGCUUCGCUAUGCCUCGAUGCCAUGUAUAAAGCUAGCGCUUCGUCUUCUCCCCAGUUCUAUUUCGCUUCAAGCCAUCACAUCUUGUGACAUCUUCUUCAGUCUCUUCCUUUAUCUAUUCUGUUCGCUGUCAUUCACGUUCAUCCAUUCCUUUUCACUAUUCCUCGAGUACAGGCU